GAGGCAGAGCAGAAGCGCGCCUGUCUGUGUGUGUGUGUGUGUGUUGUAAGGGUAAACCUAAUUUGGUCUUACUGGGCGUGGAUCUCUCACAGUCCUGGAAAGGAAGAGAAGCAGAACAAGGUCUGAGGGAGGAAAAAAAGGUCUCGCAUACCAGAGCGGUCUCGUGCUAAAGCAAAGAACUGAAGAGAGUGUGACUGGACGCUGACGAUAGAAGUACGACUUGGCGUGAACAGGUUUUCCCUGAACGUGGAAAAUCAGAUUGCCUUUGCACCAACUAGAGAGUUUCCAUCCUCACAACAUUGGACCAACAGUUUUAAUUAAAUCUUAUUGAGAUUAGCUUACUUUGCAAAAAACAUCCAAAUUUAUCCAUUUCCAAUCAUGCCCUUGGUUGUGCUUCAGACAUCACGUCCGAUGUGGGCCCGCCUGGCCGCACUCGUGUUCACUUGUGUGGCCUUUAGCAUAGCUGCUCAUGGUGGGCAUCUAAAUGACGGCAUGUAUGACUGGUGCAUGUUCUGCUGGGUGUUCAGCUUCAUCGGCACACUCUUGGUGCUAAUCGUGGAGGUGAUGGGCCUUCAGGCGCGUGCACCUGUUUCAUGGAACAACUUUCCCAUCACGUUGGCAUGCUACGCAGGUCUGUUUUGCCUUUCUGCUUCCAUCAUCUUCCCGUUGUACUACCUGAAGAACAGUUAUACGGAUAAGGAGACACGUGACUACAGGAUCGUCAGCACCGUUUUUUCCUGCCUGGCCACAGUGGCGUACCUAGUGGAGGUGAGCCUGACGAGGGCGCGUCCCGGUGAAGUCGCCGCCUACAUGGCGACAGUACCCGGCCUUCUGAAGGUCUGUGAGACAUUUGUAGCCAGUGUCAUUUUUGUGUUCAUCAGUAAUCCUGUGUCAUAUGAUCAACAUCCAGCAUUGAAAUGGUGCAUGGCUGUGUACUGUAUCUGCUUCAUUAUAUCUGCCGCCAUUGUCGUGAUGUGCGUUGGAGAGUGUACAGGCUUCCUUCCUUUCCCAUUUGCCCGUUUCCUCUCUGCUUAUGCCUUAUUGGCUGUUGCGAUGUACCUCACUGCUACUAUCAUCUGGCCAGUGUUUAAGUUCGACAGCCAUCACAGUGGUCAGUCUCAAAGGCCCUAUAAUUGUACUUAUCCCUGUUAUUGGGAUAAACUGGUGAUCGUAGCCUGUCUGACAGGCCUUAACUUCCUGAUCUAUGUGGCAGAUCUUGUGUAUUCUGCACGCCUCGUGUUUGUCCGUGUUUGAAAAGUCAGAAAGAAACAAGAACCAAUGAAUGUUUUAAUCUUUUCACCAGGUAUAAAGAUCCAAUAGUCAAUUUUCCUAUCACGAUAUUUCCUCUAUAAUUCUAAAUGGAAAUUAGAUUUGGGUUUGGCUGGUAUUGAAAUUAAAUUCGAGUGGAAGGUGAUACCAAGACAUUAGGCAGUUAUUAAUGAUUGGACCACUAGAAUGUUUCUCUAGUCAUGUUGACUCCUUGCUGUUAGCUAUAUGUAGCUUAGCAACGAGGUGAUUUUUACCAGUAAGAUUUGUGUUCUCAAUGAAAACUGACAGCUCAGACUGCUAAUAAUGAACUUACUUCACAAGUUGAGCAACAUUAUUAAACUUAAUUGUGUAGUGCAGCUUUAAUACAUCAUGUGAGCUAUCAUGCUAACAUUAGCGGGUUAGCUUUCUUUGUUACGAAUGAGCCAUAAGUUCAAUUACUCUUAAUCACUGUUAGUCAAAAGUAUGUCAUGUUUUUGUGACAAUUACCUGCCAGUAUCAUAAAGACAAAGUAAAGAUGCUUUUUCAGAUAACAACACGGAUCUAGCUAACUUGAAUGACCCGGCUAGAAUUUUAGUGAAAUUUCAAACUUGGGGAAAAAAAUAUCAUGCACUCUUUUUUUUUUUUCUAAAUGUCAGUAUAUUUCACAUGAUAAUGUUAUGAAAGUUGAAAUAUCAUGAUAUAUUGCAAAACUGAUUAUUGGUAGAUGCCUGUCAACCACUGUUGCCUUUUUGUGAAACCCACAUGUGCCUGUAUGUAUUUGUGCUGUUUUUAUCCUAAGUCUAUAUAUAUCUUGUUUAUAUGAUAUGCUUUGCUUCACUAUUUCAUUUUUACAAUUUACACUGUGGCCUUUACGUGAGACACUGCUUAGCCGAGACAGAAGAAGAACCGUGCCUAUGAACCCUGUACGCAUUACAUUUCUAUAAUCUUUUACCAAAUGUAUAUGUUUAUUUUUUUUUACAGUAUUCAGUGACUGAAUUUUGCAGUACCCUGCUGGGGAAAGAAUAAAGAAACAUUACCAUUGGGAAUAUGUUAUGGUUUACAUCAUGUACUGGACCUUAAUGUGAAUUCAAUGGGUUUUCUCAUUUCCUUACAUUUUCUAUUUUGGGAUAUUACUAAAUACCAACAGAUACAUCAUCUGUAAACAAAUGAUCCCCAUUGGAGUAAAAUUUGACAAGCCAUCAGGAUCCUUUAGGAACAACACAUCCAUUAAACUACCAUCAAACACCACCAUAAACUCAUUAAAACCAUUUUUUUUUUAAUAUCCAGCAGGGUAUACUGUAGUAAAACUGCAUAAUUUAGAAAACCUUGCAAUGGUGUCUUUUUCUUUUCUUUUUUUUACAGUGUAUUAGACUUGAUGUUAAAGUGUCAUAUUAUCAGUGUUAAGUGAAUGAAAAUGUCACGUUUGAGCUUUUUGCACUCUGCUGCAUUUAUGGAUGCCAAAGUUCAGUGUUUAAAUAUAUAGAAAUAAUAAAUUCUUGCAUUUUCACUGCCA